AUGAGUGACCAAAGAGUAGCCUACACAGAACUGAAUCUGGUUAAGGACUCAGACAGACAACGAAUGAAACCUAAGGGCACUAGAGGCUCCAUUCCAGUAACUGAGCAAGAAAUAACCUAUGCAGAACUAAAUCUUCCAAAUGCUUCUCAGGAUCUUCAAGGGGAUGACAAGAAGGACCACUGCAAAGCAUCCCCAUCACCUCCAGAAAAGCUCAUUGCUGGGAUCCUGUGCCUUGUCCUGCUGUCCACUGUAGUAGCGAUAGCUGUUACUCAUUUCUUGGAUAACAAUCAUAAUCUUUCUUCAGCAUAUCAUUAUUGUAGAUGUCCACCAGAGUGGUUAAUAUAUUCCAACAAUUGCUACUACAUCAGUACUGAACAAAAGACAUGGAAUGAGAGUUGGAUGACCUGUGUUUCUAAGAAUUCUAGCCUGCUCUAUGUAGAUAAUGAAGAGGAAAUGAAUUUUUUGAACAUUUUCAAUAUACCUCCAUGGAUUGAAUGGUCCCAGACAAACAAUAGUACAACCAAUAGCAGGGUAUUGUCCAGUGGCACAACUUUCUCUCCUGGACAAUUUUCAAACACUUCAGAGUUGGACAAGAGUUGUGCAUUUGUGAGUUUUGACACACAGAAGGUGUAUUUUGUAUCCUGUUUAGAAAAAAAAUUAUAUGUUUGUAAGCAUCAGGCAUUUUAG